GUGCAAUAAAGUAGUUGCUUCUCCUUAAUUUGCCUGCUCCAGUUGCGAACUCGCCCCAUCCGAUCCGGCUUCGCUCCUUCUUCUUGAAGUCCUGGAUCGGACAGUCUCACAGCUCUCCUCCUUUCCCAAAGCCCGACACUGCCUCGGCUUUGCUGGACCAGACGUUCCACAAUCGGUCAGCUUCCAAUAGACAGCUGGAAACGGCCUGUCACGUGGCCUUGGGGUGCCAAUGUUCUGCCAUAGGGGUGUCAAGACCCUGGUAGCUGGAAAAAUCAUUUUGGGGAGUCCCAGAGAUGCAGAAGACAACAUACUACGACAGCUCCACACUCUUUGGGGGUUACUCCUAUGGGAAUGCCAAUGGAUUCAGCUACGAGGGUGCCCAGCAGUCCUUCCAGCCGGCCUCUCACAUGGAGAACGACUACCAGAGGUCCGCCUGCUCCCUCCAGUCUCUUGGCAACACAACCCCGCAUGCAAAAAGUAAAGACCUGAACGGAAGCUGCAUGCGGCCAAGUUUGCCCCAGGAGCACCACCCGCCUCCCCCCAUCUCGCCGCCUCCAAACCCUGCCACCAACAGCACCAGUAACAACAGCAAUAACCAGUCGGGGAGCAGUAAAAGUGCCCCCAGCAAAGCCAACCUCAGUGCAAACGCCAGUCUCACCAAGCAGAUUUUCCCCUGGAUGAAAGAAUCCAGGCAAAACUCCAAACAGAAAACCAGCUCCCCUAGCACAGCAGAAACCUGCAGCGGCGAGAAAAGCCCUCCAGGCUCCUCGGCCUCCAAGAGAGCCCGCACAGCCUACACCAGUGCUCAGCUGGUGGAGCUGGAGAAGGAAUUCCACUUCAACCGCUACCUGUGCAGGCCCCGCCGCGUGGAGAUGGCCAACCUGCUGAACCUCAGCGAGAGGCAGAUCAAGAUCUGGUUCCAGAACAGAAGGAUGAAGUAUAAGAAAGAUCAGAAGUCAAAAGGCAUGGGGUCUUCUUCUGGAGGGCCUUCCCCCACCGGCAGCCCGCCCCAGCCCAUGCAGUCCUCUGCUGGAUUUAUGAAUGCCUUGCACACCAUGAGCAGUAACUAUGAUGCCCCUUCGCCACCUUCCUUCAAUAAACCCCACCAAAAUGCCUAUGCCAUGUCAACUAACUACCAAAACCCCAUCAAAGGCUGCCCAUCCCAACAGAAAUACGCCAACACGGCCCCCGAGUAUGACCCCCAUGUCUUACAAGGGAAUGGGGUGGCCUACGGGACACCCAAUAUGCAGGGAAGUCCCGUCUAUGUUGGAGGUAACUAUGUGGAUUCUAUGCCCACCUCUGGCCCAUCCCUUUAUGGCCUCAAUCACCUGCCACAUCACCAGGCCACCAACAUGGACUACAGUGGGCCUCCCCAGAUGCCCCCAAGCCAGCACCAUGGACCAUGUGAGACCCACCCCACCUACACAGACCUUUCCACGCACCACGCUUCUUCUCAGGGCAGAAUCCAAGAGGCUCCCAAGUUGACCCACCUGUGAUAGGGAGCAGGGGCAGGCUCAGGCAAAGUGGAUGGGAGCCCACCAUGGGGCAUGGGAGAGGGGAAGAGGGCAGGAUUGGAUUCAGGAGCAUUUGUGUUGAGCUGUUUUCUUUCUUUCUUUGACAGGGCGAUUUCUAAUAGCUAGUUGUGCUUGCUAUUAUCAUUGCUGGGUUUAUUAGGCACAAUUUCCAAGCAUUUCAGUAGCUCUCUCUCUGGAGAGAUAUACCUCCUGUGUUUCAGCACAAAUGCUUCUGAAGUGGAUAUGGGGCAGUUUUAUGGGAAUCUAGCCAAUUUCAGGCAGAAACAUCCUUCAUUUCCAGUCCAAGCAUAGAUCGUCAUUGAUAAUUUUUGGCCAUCAGAAAGGAGAAUAGUCAGGAGUCAAGUCCUUACGAUUGAUGUCUCUGCAUCUACAUCAACUUGCACAAGUGUAUACAUAUGCAAUCAAGAGAGAUUCACAAGAAAACUACCCUCUUCUUGACUCCUCAAGAGGAACCUCGUGCUUUUCCUUCCCAGCCUGAUGAGGGAGGGCACUAAGUAACUUCCCACCAGUCACCACAUAAACUGCAAAUAUACAAACCUGCCAACACCUGGGAUUCACUCUCUUCCCCUCCAGCCCCUGCCUCCCCUCUCAAUAAUGAUAAUAAUCAUCAUCAAAUUAGAAUAAGAGAGGUCUAAGUAUCGCAAAAGGUUCGGGAAACAAGGGUUUUUGAAAUGCCUCAACCCCCCAACAAUAACAGCAGUCCAAAGAGAGGAAGAAAGAGUUGACAGGUCUGAAUAUUUUCCCACCUUUGCCUCUGAUGACAUGAAGUCUCCAUUCGACAGCGUUGGGUUUGUUUUUGUUUGGGGGUAUUUUUCUUAGGGUUCCUUAACAGAAAAGCAAUCUUAAGACUCAGAAGUCCUACACUUCUUUCCUCCUCUUCUCUUGACCUUACGUGAAAACAGGGUAUAUUUGAACAAAUGGAAUGUCCUCCCAUCGAAGCAGAAGUGAAUGGAUCUCUAGUAUUUGCUAAUGCUUUCUUGUCUGGACAUCUUUGUUGCACUUAGAGUUUACAUAUAAAGGGUAUAAAAACAACUUUGAAGGGCUUUCGUCCAACUCAGUCGAGAUGCCCUUCAAUAGGUGUGUGUUCUGGUGAACAUUCAUAUAUAUUUAUUGGUUAUAGCCAGUUUAAAAUAUUUUCCUUUUUUUUGGUAUUAUUUAUCCCCAAUAUUAUGUAUUUAUAUGAGGAAAAAAACAAAAAACAAACAAAAAAAGAAGGAAUCAAAUUGUACUUUUUUAGUAUUUACUUGUUCUAAAGGACAUUGUGUUUCCUUGUCAUUGUACAACAAGCUUAUUUUAGUUAUUGUAAUUUAGGAAGACCAGUAGUUUUAUGUUACCUUCGUACAUAUGAAUAAUGUAAUUAGUUCUACUGGAGGCAUGAGAGCAGAACCAGCCUGUAAUUGUAUAGUCCUGAAUUAGAACUAUAGCUAAUCCCUCCCUCCCACCUCACCCCGCCUCUUCCGAGCUCUUUCUUUGUUCUUAUAGUAGUUAUUUUGUUUCCUUGCUAAGGGUUGUCUGUUGAACAAUUCUUGAAUAAACUUUCUGUUAUCAAUUUUA